AUGAAAGUAUAUGCUAUUCCUUGUUUAAAGGAUAAUUUAUUCGAGAGGAAUGAAUUAUUAGGCGCAGUGAGAAAUGGUGAAAUUCCGAAAUAUUCCGAAAACUCCGAAAAAUCCCAUGCGCAUGAUCCAUCACUAGUGACACCUCUUGGUAUACAUUGUGUAUUAAAAAAGGAAUCGUAUGCCACGAACGAAAGAGCCUUACUUGAAAGAAACAUCACCAUUUAUUCCCAGUCAGAGUUAGGGAUGGCCACGGUCGGUCAUUUUCGCGAUUAUGAUGAAAAUGAUGAUGUUACAAGAAUUCACAAAUAUUACCAAUUAUACAGAAAUAAUUAUACUUUUGAUUACAUUAUUGAAUCAUCUUUCCCUCCAUCCUUUUUUGCAUCAAAAAGCAAUGAAAAGUUUGUUAAUGAUAAUAAUGAUAACAACUCUUCAAUUCAAAACUUUAACCUAAAUUUAAAUAUAUCAUUACUAAAUACAAACUUUUCACGUACUACUCGUGCAAUUAUCAACCAACUUGAUAAACGGCAUGGAGAUUAUCAAGUUAUAGAAUUUUUUUAUAAAAAUGAUAGUAUAUCAUAUUAUAAUUCGUUAGUGACAUCAAUUUCUCAUGUUAAAAAUACGUGGCCUGCAAUAGUUGAAAUUUCAUUCAAAACUUCAGGAAGAAGCCUUGAACCAUCAGCAGUGGAGGCAUGCGAUUUUAGGCUUAUUUUUGAUAGAAAGGGUUUCUUUAAAGAUUUUGAUGGAUAUAUUGAAAGAAAAUGUAAUAGAGUUACAGAGUAUCAUUUUUAUUUGGUCUCUCAGGUUGAGGGAAAUACUGAUUUAGGGUUGAAAUUUUUCCAAGGUGAAAGUAUGUUUGCUUUGAUUUCUAACAAAUUAAUCAAUAGAGAAAUGAGAGAUGUUGUAGUUGAAGACGAAUCACCAUUUCCAUCACUUAUUCCUACUUUAUAUGUUAUAUAUUAUGACUACUUUAAGAUGAAACGCCAAGCGCGAGAUAUAACUAGAAUCCCUAAUAAUUACCAAUUAUUACGAGAUAAAUUAAAUCCAAAUAAUUUUAUAAUUCAAUCAACAUCAACUAUUUCUCCUUAUAAUGCAACCAAUAAAACUAUUCAAGAUACUCCACUCACUAUUAGAGCUAUUAUAAAAGCAAUCGAAUAUCCAUCAGGAAAAUAUUAUGUUCAAGAAUUUUUUUAUGAAACAAACGCUAUUGACUAUUCAUAUGCAUUAACGACAGCAAAUUUAAAUAUUCAAGAUAAAUGGCCAGCAGUUGUAGAAAUUAAUUUCACCAGUUCAGGAAUUGCUCUGGAUCCAUAUUCUUUAGAAGUUUGUAAUUUUAGACUUAUUUUUUCAAAAAAUGACUAUUAUGAAGAUAUUGUGGGUCAUAUAGAACGUAGGUGCCCCAAAAUGUUCGAAUACAGCUUUUAUCCUGUUUCAAGGGUUGAAGUGAACAAUGAUAUAGGGCUUAAGUUUUUUCAAGAUGGAAGCGAGUUUGCAACAAUUUCAUCAAAGGCACAAGUUAGAGAAAAAAGAGAUAUCACUUCACGCACAGGAUAUCACAAGAAUUCUCAAUUACGUUGGAAUAGUUGGUUUUGGGCAGAUUAUAAAUAUAUUAUUGAAUCGUCUGUAUACAUCCCUUUUAUCAUAUCAGAUGAACAUAAAUUUGAAAUAACAAACAACAAUACAACUCUAGAUAUUAAAUUGACCGACGACAAAAACAAUAGCUUUUUCACACCAAAUCACACUUCACUAUUAAAUAAUGAUGACAAUCCACUUACUAUACGAGCUAAUAUUGAUGCAGUUCAAUAUAAUUCAGGUUAUUAUAAAGUCCAAGAAUUUUUCUACAAACCUGGUUCUCAAGAUUAUUUUAAAACUUUAAUAACUGCAAGUGCAACUGUACAAAGUUUAUCACCUGGAAUAGUUGAAAUUUCUUUUUCCACUUCUGAUAAAGUUCUAGAUCCAUACACUUUGGAAGCUUGUGAAUAUAAACUUUUUUACUUUGAAGAAUUAAAUGGUCAAAUUGAACGUAGAUGUAAAAGAGCUUUGGAAGAUGAUUUUUAUAUGAUUUCAAAGGUUAGUGGAAGUACAUAUUGGGGAUUGGAAUUCACUUUUGGUGAUAACAAUUCGAAUUUGUCCGCACGGACAUCUGAAGUAGAUUAUUGGCCAAGCCCACGAAGAAGGGAUGUAAUAGUCUAUGAUGACACACCAUUUCCUCCAAUUAUUCCUGCAUUAUAUUCUGUUUAUUACGAUUAUGUGCAGAAAAAUAGAUAG